AUGACUACUUCUGUGAGAGAUCUUACCAUAGACUUUCAUAAACUCGAUAAGUUCGAGGGCGUGGGAUUUCGAAGGUGGCAGAAGAAGAUGCAUUUCCUCCUGACGACGCUGAACGUCGUCUACGUGAUAAGCACUCCUAGGCCGGAAGAAACCGAAGAGGAGACAUUGGCAGCGGCUCGCGCACGGAACAAAUGGGACAACGAUAACUACGUGUGUUGCGGCCACAUCCUUAACGGUAUGUCCGAUGAACUUUUUGAUGUAUAUCAACACAUAGAUACCGCCAAAGCCCUGUGGGACUCGCUGGAGGCUAAAUAUGUCUCUGACGAUGCCUCUAGCAAGAGAUUUCUUGUAAGUAGUUUCAACUCUUACAAGAUGGUGGACUCGAGAUCGGUCAUGGAGCAAUUCCAUGAACUACAAAGGAUCUUGAGUCAAUUCGUACAACACAAACUGCAGAUGGAUGAAGCCAUCAAAGUUUCAUCCAUUGUUGAUAAACUUCCACCGAGUUGGAAGGAUGUCAAACGUUCCCUGAAACACAAAAAAGAGGAUAUGUCUCUUGAACAAUUGGGAACACAUCUUCGCAUCGAGGAGGAUCUCCGGAUGCAAGAUGGGAAAGGCGUUUCUCCUCCUACUACAGUGAAUAUUGUAGAGGAUGAGAAACGUGGAGCCAAAAGACAAGGAAAGAGACCCUCCAAGGGUGGAAUCGGUCCGGAUUCGGAGUGA